CGUUGGGUGGGAAAAGGAACCCAGGGGAGCUGCUCCGCAGCUGGGUGUGAGCGAGCUGUGCGCACCGGCCGGAAACCCGGCGCAGGCGCGCGGGAGCCCCGCCCCACGCCUGGAAGGGUCCCAGACGGGGGGCGGGCCCGGGGCGGAGCCUGCGGCCGCGGGAAUCCCAAACCCGCCCCUUUCCCCACCCCUCCACUUCUCGCCAUGGCCCCUGCACUGCUCCUGAUCCCUGCUGCCCUCGCUUCUUUCAUCCUGGCCUUUGGCACUGGAGUGGAGUUCGUACGCUUUACCUCCCUUCGGCCACUUCUUGGAAGAAUCUCGGAGUCUGGCAGUCCGGAUGCCCGCCAGGGAUGGCUGGCUGCCCUGCAGGACCAAAGCAUCCUUGUCCCGCUGUUUUGGGAUCUGGGGCUCCUGUUACUGUUUGUGGGGCAGCACAGCCUCAUGGCAACUGAGACCGUGAAGGAAUGGAUGUCCCGGUACUUUGGGGUCCUUCAGAGGUCACUGUACGUGGCAUGCACUGCCCUGGCCUUGCAGCUGGUGAUGCGGUACUGGGAGCCCGUGCCCAGGGGUCCUGUGUUGUGGGAGACUCGGACUGAGCCGUGGGCCACUUGGGUGCCCCUCCUCUGCUUUGUCCUCCACGUCAUUUCCUGGCUCCUCAUCUUCAGCAUCCUUCUCGUCUUCGACUAUGCAGAGCUCAUGGGCCUGAAACAGGUGUACUACCAUGUGCUGGGGCUGGGCGAGCCUCUGGCCCUGAAGUCGCCCCGGGCUCUGAGACUCUUCUCCCACCUGCGCCAUCCAGUGUGCGUGGAGCUGCUGACUGUGCUAUGGGUGGUACCCACCCUGGGCACUGACCGCCUGCUCCUUGCUCUCCUCCUUACCCUCUACCUGGGCCUGGCUCAUGGACUGGACCAGCAUGAUCUCCGCUACCUCCGGGCCCAGCUACAAAGAAAACUCCACCUGCUCUCCCGGCCCCAGGAUGGGGAGGCCGAGUAAGGGGUUAACCCUGGUUGCAAGCCCUGUACUUCCUCUCUCCCUCCUAUCCCAAAUUCCCUUAACAUCCAGGCCUUGACUGCUUCAGACCAGAGCCCCAAAUCAAUGGACUGAAGGAGUGGUCCCAUUCCUUGCUUGAGCCUCCACUCCUUGGUUCCAGCUCCAUACUGAAUUUCAGCCAUUGGACUCCAAGGGCCACUUCUUACCAGCCAGGAAGAAGGAGUGGCUGGGAACCUAUCCCUCUACUUACAGUUCAGGGCUUGACCUUCCAUUAACAAUUUCCUCACCAAGAGAAGAGUCUGGCUUGACCACUCCCUUAGCCCUGUUACUACCCUCUGCGCCUCAGGGAUCCUUUCUCCACGUCUAGCUCCCUCCCAGGAGCUGGACCAAGGCCCACUGUCUGGCCUUUCCAGCUCCCUAGGCCCCGCCCCUAGGCUCCAUCCUCCUGAACCUAGUUGAGCGGUUUCUUUCGCUCUUAGCUAAGGUGACUAAAGGCUCCCUGCUCUCCCGAGGAACUCGCGCUACAGGAAAAUAAAAUUCAGUCUGGUUUUUCUACGUGUA